AUGCGUGGGCCUUCAGCCGGGGAUUCACGCUCUGCAGUGGGCUGUAAUUACCCGGUAAAAACCUCAGUAUUGUACUGCACCGACCCAACGGAGGCCGGAGCGCCUCGCGUGUGCCGGGCAGCCACAUGCUCCGUGCUCAGGGAUGCUUCCCGGGCGGCGUGCGCGGCAUUCCCGCCCCGCGGGCACCUGCGGUCGGGGCGGGCAGGUGUGCGAGCGCCGGGGCGGGGCCGGGGGAGGCCGCCCAGCCCUCGCCUGCUGCUCCUGCUGCUGCCCGCGCCGGCCGGCCCCGCCGCGCUGCCCCUGCCCGAUGUGGACGAGUGUGCCCUGGGGCUGGAUGACUGCCACCCAGAUGCCAUUUGCCAAAACACCCCCAAGCUGUACAAGUGCACCUGCAAAAUGGGCUACACCGGCGAAGGGAGGAAAUGUGAAGACAUUGAUGAAUGUGACAACGACUUCAAUGGGGGCUGUGUCCACGAGUGUUUCAACAUUCCAGGGAAUUACCGCUGCACUUGCUACGACGGCUUCAUGCUGGCUCAUGAUGGCCACAACUGCCUGGACACAGACGAGUGCAUGUUCAACAACGGCGGCUGCCAGCACGUUUGUGUCAACACCGUGGGGAGCUACGAGUGCCGCUGCAAGGAUGGCUUCUUCCUCAGCGACAACCAGCACACCUGCAUCCACCGCUCCGAAGAAGGCAUGAGCUGCAUGAACAAAGACCAUGGCUGUGCCCACAUCUGCAGAGAAACACCCAAAGGAGGAGUUGCCUGUGAAUGCCGACCAGGAUUUGAGCUGUCCAAGAACCAGAGGAGCUGCAUUUUGACGUGCAACCACGGGAACGGGGGCUGCCAGCACACGUGUGACGAUGCUGACAGCGGGCCCGUCUGCGGCUGCCACCCCAAGUACGUCAUGCACCUGGAUGGCAAAACCUGCCUGGAGAGGGAAGAAGCUGUUGAAGUUUCUGAGGGAAACACCACAGCAGCAGCUGAUGUGGACAAGAGAGUGAAGCGACGCUUGCUUAUGGAAACGUGCGCGGUGAACAACGGCGGCUGCGACCGCACCUGCAAGGACACCUCCACCGGAGUGCACUGCAGCUGCCCCGUGGGGUUCACCCUCCAGUUCGAUGGCAAGACCUGCAAAGAUAUUGAUGAAUGCCAGUCCAAUAAUGGAGGCUGUGAUCAUUUCUGUAAAAACACUGUUGGCAGUUUUGAUUGCAGCUGCAGAAAAGGAUUUAAAUUAUUAACAGAUGAGAAGUCCUGUCAAGACAUUGACGAGUGCUCCUUCGAGCGGGCGUGCGACCACACGUGCACCAACCACCCCGGCACCUUCCAGUGCUCCUGCAACAAGGGCUACGCCCUGUACGGCUUCACCCACUGUGCAGAUAUUAAUGAAUGCAGCAUCAACAAUGGUGGUUGCCAGCAGCUGUGUGUGAACACGCUGGGAGAUUAUGAAUGCCUGUGUCAGUCUAACUACAAGCUACACUGGAAUAAAAAGGACUGUGUUGAGACAAAAGAUCCCUUGUCUGACAGUGUGUCACCCAAGGUGUUGCUGCACUGCAUUAAGAGUGGUGGGAGUGAUAGAUGCUUUUUGAGCUGCUCUCCAGAUGUCCAGGUAUUCUCUGGAACACAAGAUGCCUACACCCUCACCUGUGGCAGGUCCUCUCAGCUUAAGAAAAAACAGCAAAAUGCAAAUGCUUCCAGCUGGCUGGAUGCUUCAGCCAUCAAGAUAAGCGUAACCUUUAAAUUAAAUGAAGGAAAAUGUAGUUUGAAAAAGACUGAGAUGUUUCAAGAAGGUCUGGAGCAGAUGAUACCAGAGAGACAAAACUCAGUAAUGGAGAGCUUCCACUAUGUAAACCUAACAUGCAGCUCUGGCAAGAAAGUUCAUGGAGCCCUCAGUAGACUGGCAGCGACUAGAGAGAUUUUUAUCACUGCGGACUUUGAGCUGGAAACGAGCCGGAAGGAGGUGACAGACACGUGCGACGUGCGCUGCGCCCGCAAGAAGACGGAGAAGCGGUUCCGGAAAACCAUCCGCACCCUGCGGAAGACGGUCAGCAGGGACCAGUUCCGCAUCCGCCUCUCGGGCACGGACCACGAGCUGGCCAGGAAGGCCCUCAAGCCCUCAGAGCCACAGCAGUCCUGUGGCGUGGGACAGCUGCACCCGGGGGCCAGAUGUGAUCAGUGCUCCCCUGGGGAAUACUCUCCCGAUGGCUUCAAGCCCUGCCUGCCAUGUCCCCUUGGCACGUACCAGCCUGAGGCUGGCAGAGUGUCCUGCUUUCCCUGUGGAGGAGCUCUCACCACGAGGCACAGCGGGGCUUCCUUCUUUCAGGACUGUGAGACCAAAGUUCAGUGUUCUCCUGGCCAUUUUUACAACACCACAACUCACCGAUGUAUUCGCUGUGCAAUUGGGACAUACCAGCCUGAGUUUGGACAAAAUUACUGCAUUUCCUGCCCUGGAAACACCACUACUGAUUUUGAUGGGUCAACAAACAUAACACAGUGCAAAAACAGGCAGUGUGGAGGGGAGCUGGGAGAUUACACUGGAUAUAUUGAAUCACCCAACUACCCUGGGGACUACCCUGCAAACACCGAGUGCACUUGGAACAUCAACCCACCGCCCAAGCGCCGCAUCCUGAUCGUGGUCCCAGAAAUAUUCCUGCCCAUCGAAGACGAGUGUGGAGACUACCUGGUGAUGAGAAAAAGCUCCUCUUCCAACUCGGUGACCACGUAUGAGACCUGCCAGACCUACGAGCGCCCCAUAGCCUUCACUUCCAGGUCCAAGAAACUGUGGAUCCAGUUCAAGUCCAAUGAAGGGAACAGUGCCAAAGGAUUCCAAGUUCCCUAUGUAACCUACGAUGAGGAUUACCAAGAGCUAAUAGAAGACAUUGUUCGGGAUGGCAGACUUUAUGCAUCUGAAAAUCAUCAAGAAAUACUUAAGGACAAGAAGCUGAUAAAAGCACUGUUUGACGUGUUGGCACACCCGCAGAACUACUUCAAGUACACAGCCCAAGAAUCCAGAGAGAUGUUCCCAAGAUCCUUCAUUCGGCUGCUGCGCUCCAAAGUUUCCAGAUUUUUGAGGCCUUACAAAUAGUUGGCACUGAACUUAAAGCUAAACCAGCCCUGGGCAUGCACAGAGGGGCUGUGGUAGGUGGGGCUGCUCUCUGUGCUUUACACACUGGCAGAGACACUCCAGGGAAGCUCGCCAGCUCCCUUCUUGGCAGAGUUUGGCUUUCUCAGCUAAUAUAAAUAUUUUGGUGAACAGAAUUUUGAUUCCUUUCCAGAUAAUACCUUUUGGGUACCAAGGGAUACCUCACGGGUCCCUGAAUUGGAGACUGACCAUGAUUUCUGUAACUGAAGGGCGCCAAGCAGAAGUUUGUGGAGCUCUGCCCCGUUGCUUCAUCAGCACCUGUAAAAGCUCCUGAGGACAGACAGGCUAAGCAGUGUGGUUUGGGAUGAACCCUGGGCUGCCAUUAAUGCAUGUUACCUCAACAAAGCUGGGUUCAUGCUGGGUCUCACUGAAAGUGAGAGCAGGAUGGAUGACUCUCUUAAUGUUUGCUACGCAGGAAAUUCAGAGCUAAGGCUGACAUAGUUUUAAUUCAAACCAGUGAGGCCAAGAGCUGCACAAGGUGCACAUUUUCUCUGAACUACACGUGGCAUGAAGCAAAGGGUUGAACUUCAGCUUGAAUGUUCAGGGUCUGGCUCACACAGUGUCUAUGCUAGUGACCUAUUGGCUUACGUGGAGUGAUACCAGAAUAAACUGUGGGCACCACAGCAGUGGGAAACAGGCUCUGACUCACGGGACAUUUCCAUUUUGGGCUGUCUGCAGCUGUUAGAGCAGAUCAAAGUAUUUCCUAAAUCCCAGUUUUGUCCCCAUGCACAGGCCUGGGACAGCAAAAGGCAUUUUCCAAGUUGUGUAAAAUUCUGCCCUCUGAGCACCUGCAGGUGGACAUAGAAGCCCCAUUUUAAAUGCAGGCUUUGCAUAGAUGAUGCUCUUGGUACAACGCUGUUUAAAGCUGAUAAGGUUACUGUAUGAGCCCCAGCUGUCAUAUUCUCUACCUUUUCUGAGCACCUUGCAAUGGCCUUGUGGAGCAGAGAAGAGCUGCUUUCCCUGUCUGGCUGGAGAGAAGGAGAGGUACAAUUCAGCCAGACUGUGGCCACAAAAGCUGUCUAUGGCAAAUUGUUCCUCAGGAUCCCCAGGCUGUGUCCUUCUCCUCUGGCUGUGUUUCCUACUGGAGACAAGGCCUGAUAGGGCCUGUAGGGAAACCUGUGCUGCUCAAAAUGUUGUCUCAGUGCUAUUCUGCCCAUACCUACAUCUCCUCUGGCCAUACAAUCCAUUCUCUCUGAGCAAUGUACCUUGAGGACCUUCUGCCUUGAAGGGAGAUAGCCACAGUCCCAUCCAUUUGGAAAUGGACUCAGGACUUCUGUCCUUUGGUCACUGGCCAUGCCAAGGGGUGCAGUGGGCACCAAACUCCCUCUCUGUGCCAUCUUAGGAGCAGUACUUACAUUUCACAGGGUAGCCAGGAGCAGUGCUCCCUUUCCCAGGAUGUGGAGUGAGUUUCCCUGCCUUGGCACGUGGUAUUGAACUGCUGAACGUGAAUAACACCAGUCCACAGUGUGACAGCAGGAGCUGGGCUCUGAAUCUCUGAGCAAAUGGGUGCUCCUGACUCAGCCUUGCUGAGCUGCUGUGCCACGCUGCGUGUGGGGCAAGGACACAUCCUGGCCGUGGUGUGACAGGGAGGGACAAUGGCUUUGGCCACAGCUGGGGAGCAGAGCCCCUCAGGAUGGGGCUGCGGGGUGCUGUGCCCCUCUUGCUGCUGGGGAGGAGUUGCCUCAGCCUGGCCAGAGGUGGGAAAUGGUUUGUGCUGCUGCCAGGAGGGAGAGCUGUGUCCCCCUGCUGCACUGGGGCAUGGCUGGGCAGGGCAGGGAGUGCCCACCCCAGGCACAGGGCUGCUGCAGGAGCAGCGAGGCACA